CCCCUUGACGGGGGCCCUGGCAUGGGAGCAGGCAGUCUGGGGUGGGGACAGCAGGAGGUAUAUCAGGAUUUGCCUUGGAAAGGGCUGAGGCAGGAGAUGGACUCGAUAGUCCUUGUGGGUCCCUUCCAACGCAGGGAAUUCCAUGAUUCUGUUCUAGAAUUAGGCUGCUGGGAGCUGUGACCAGGUGGGGUUUGAGAAUCUCCCCAACUUGGACUCCCCAGCAGCCUGGGAGCCUGCUCUGGUUUUGACAACCCUCACAGGAAAAAAGGUUUUUCUUUUAGUGGCAUUUGCUGUUCUUCUUGUCUUGGCCCUUGCUGGGACACUCCCUGCUCGAAGGCUCGGCUUCCUGCACCCUCCUGCCAGGGCUUACCUGGGUGACAUCCCCCUACACCUUCUCCAAACUGGGCACAUCCAGCUCAGCCUCUCCUCAUGGGAAGUCCAGUCCCCAUCAUCUUCAUCAGGGAAUCUCCUCCUGUGGAGAUACUCAAAACCCAUCUGGACACAUCCUCCAGGGAACCCUCCUGGAGCAGAGGGGUGGGAUGGGGUGACCUCCAGUUGUGCCUUCCAUUCUGUACUAUCCUGUGAUCAUCAUCACAGCCCCUGGCUCGAUCUGCUCCAGUAUGCCCACAUCUCAUACUGGGAGCCCAGCAUUCCCAGUGGAAAGGGGAGGGCUCACACCUGUGAGAGCUGCUCUGCCCAUGGCACCCAGGAGGCCAGUGACUACUCUGCCAGUGGCCAUGGCACUGGCCCACGGCCAGCUCAGAGCAGGGCAGGGCUUCUGCUCUCCAGCAUGCCUGGGCUGAGGGAUGUGGGGCUGCUGACCCCCACUGGGCCUUGCUGGCGCUGGGAGAAGGAGCUGAGCCUGUGUUUUACUGCCCCUGAUGUAAUCCCCCUGCAAUCUGCAGUCCAAGGCCGUCAGCUCAAGGGGAGGAUCUGCUCAACAGGGGCCCUCUCUGGGCACGGUGGCUGCGGCAGCAGAGGUGAGAGGGCUCCUGUGGGGUAGCAGCCCCUGCUUCCCCUGCCCAGGUGGGGAAACCGGUGGGGGCAGUAGUUGCCAUCACCAGGCAACACUGGUGGUGACCUUUGGGGCUCUGGCCUCCAAGCCAUGCUUCUUCCAAGCUCAUCAGCCCUUGCUGGAGCUCUGCCAGGAGUGUUCUGCCCCAGGAAUGACCUGGUUGUGGCCCUGGAGCUGUGCCCCUUCACCCCGUGGCAGUCAUGAGCUGGGUGCUGAGAUGCUCCUGCCAGCCAGAGCAGAGCAGAGCAGGCAGGGUGAGGACUGGCUCCUACCGAUGGCAUCAUGGGAUCCCCAGGCUCCAGGGAGCGCUCCUUUAGGCUUCCAGUGCCUAAAGGGGCUCCAAGAGAGCUGGAGAGGGACUUUGGACAAGAGCUUGGAGUGACAAGACAAGAGGGAAUGGCUUCCUACUGCCAGAGGGCAGGGUAAAAUGGGGUACUGGAGAUACUGCUGACUCCCAGCUCAGCUGUUCUCCUUGCCCAGAGUGCAGCCCACUGCCAACCCUGCACCCAAAGGCUGUCCCACUCCCCUUAUGCACAGGGACUGGCAGAACCCCCAUGUCCCUAGCAGAGGUUCCAGCUUCCCCCACAGGGCUGGCAGCAUCCCUGGCUCGGCAGGAAGCCUCCUCGUCCCUCACCAAGCCGGUGCAUUCCACCGGGCCGUGCCCCAUCCCAGACAGAGUGGCACCCACCGUCUUGUCCUGGGUGGAACACGGGCUGAAGAAGAGAGGUUCAGUGGGGAAAAGCCGAAGGUCUCCACUGGCUGCAGCUCGCUGCUGUGGUGCCGGCGGUGCUGCGUGAUGGGAUCGCGGUGCACUGUCCCAGCCGGCACAGCCUCGCCAUAAACCCCACUGCCCGGCCGGGAGCCGAUAACAGCGGGGCUGAAGUCCAACGCAGGCAGGUCCUGGGGAGUGCAUUCCAGCCCGGGGCUCACGGUGUGGCCUCUCCCAGCUGUGUUUUACCGUCGCGGUGGCCGAGAUGGCUGCAAGCGGACUGUCGAUGCUGGCCCUCCUGGUGCUGCUGGGUGAGCUCUGCCGACACGGGCGGGGGUUGUGUCGCUGGGGGGAAGGGGCCUCCCCGCUGGCUGCUCCGCUCUGGUCCUCCCCGGCAGCUUUCUCCAGCGCUGGGGGCCGGGGCAGGUACCGCCCAGCCUGCUGGGCUCUGCUGCUGAAGUCAGCCCGGGGUUCCCAGGGUGAGCGGGAGCUGGAGUCCCCAGCACCGGGCUGGGGAUCAGCAAUGGCUUUGUUCAGCGUGGGACAGAAAACGCCCAGAUUUCCCCAUUUCUUACAAAAUGGGGGCUGGGACUCGAAGCACGGGUGCGAUAUAGCAGAGUCAGUGCCCCGGCAGGCUCUGGCACCCCUAGGCUGACGGUGGGAGGUGGCAGUGUGAGAGGUGUGGAGUGCCGGGGCAGUGACGGGUGGGGGGGGCUGUCCAAGGGAAGAUGCCACUGAGAGCUCAGUAUCUGCCCCAGCAGGGUCCCAAACCGAGGUGCCCAGGCAAAUGUCACCUGCAGGUCACACGUGCCCUCCGUCACUUGCUGCGGGCACCGUGCCUGGUUCCUGCAGGGUUUUCAGCCCCAUUGUCUCUCCCAUAGCCAGAACCGUCCUCCCCAGUGGGUCCGUGGUCGUCAACAGCUGCAGCAGCGCGGCUGAGCAGCUCUGCAACUUCGUCUGUGACUGCAGCGACUGCUCAGACGAGAACCAGUGUGGGUACCUACGGGGCUCAGCAGUGCUGGGCACCCCCUUCACCUGUGACUUCGAGGACAGUGACUGUGGCUGGCAGGACGUGGGCACCUCGACGUAUGGAUGGGUGCGGGGCCGGGCCAGCCUGGCCAUGUGGGGCACGGGGCCUCACUCAGACCACACUCUGGGCACUGACCUGGGCUGGUUCUUGGUGACCACAUCCCCCCCAGCAAAGACCACAGCCACGGCCUGGCUCAGGUCACCAGAGAUGCGGGAAGCAGCUGCCACGUGUGAGAUCAGAGCCUGGUACCACCUCUCAGGGAGCUGUGAGGGCACCCAAGGGCUGAACCAGACAGAGCGGCCGGUGCUGCGCCUGGCUGUGGCACACAGGGACGACGUGGUGGGGCUGUGGCAGAGCCCCGAGCGCAGCAGCGAGGGCUGGCAUCAGCUGGUUGCCUACCCCGGCCGGAUCGAGGAGCAGUUCCAGCUCAUCUUCUCCCUGACACAACCGCCCACCUGCGGGGCAGAGGUGGCACUUGAUGACAUCGUGUUCAGGAACUGUGGCUUACCAGAGGUCGGGCAGCAGGUCUGCGGGGCCCAGGAGAGCCGCUGUCCCCACGGCUUCUGCCUGGCAUGGCAUCGUUUCUGCGACGGCACCGACGACUGCGGGGACAGCUCGGACGAGGGCGCGGCGCAGUGCAAGAACUUCACCCGCUGCUCCUUUGACCAUGAUCUCUGUGGCUGGGAGGUGGCGGCCGGGCCCCCGGUGUGGAGCAGGAACACGAGCCUGAACCUGGGCACCUCCUACAGCAUUCCCACUCGGGACCACAGCAACAACAGCAGGGCUGGUUUUUUCCUCCACGUGGGUGGUGGCCCCGCUGCACAGGCUGGUGGCACAGCUCAGCUCUUCAGCCCCACUUUCCAAGCCACCAACUCCUGUUCUCUUGUGCUGUACUACCACCUCCAUGGCUCGGCCACCAGCAACCUCAGCAUCUCCUACGUGACCAACUCUACCAAGAACCUGAUGAGGGAGAGGACAGGAGACCUGGGCAGCUGCUGGGUCCGGGAGAGAGUGGACUUCAUUGUGACGGUUCCCUUCAAGGUGCUGAUCGAGGGGGUGGCCGGCAGCGGGGGGACCGUGGCCAUCGAUGACCUGAUCCUGUCCCAGGGCUGUGUGAAGGAGCAGGAGAAGCCUGUGGUUACGCUGCCGAGCCAGGCAGGUGCCAGCCCCUGCACAGCAGAUGAGGUGGCCUGUGACAGUGGGGACUGCAUUGCUGCAGAGCUGGCCUGUGACUUCGCUGACACGUGUGCUGAUGGCUCCGACGAGAAGCGCUGUGGGACAACAACCUUCGAGUCAGGGGCUGGGGGCUGGCACGACGUCAGCGUGGGGCGACUGCGCUGGGGUCUGCAGAGGGUCACUGAACCUGACAGCUUCCUCACAGGGACUUCCCUGGCCCUCCAGACAGGAGAAGGACAGAUGGUGGGUCCUGCGAAAGCACGAUCGCCUCCGCUGGGCCCCUCUGGCCCUGCCUGCACCAUGGAGAUGAGCUACCGCAUCCACAGUGACCCCCAAGGCUUCCUCGCCGUCAGCAUUGCAGAUCACACCAGUGGCACCACCCAGCUGGCCUGGCAGACACAAGGUCAUGGCAGCACAGCUGGGGGUCGUGUCCGUGUCCCACUGGGCCAGAGAAGCCGGCCCUUCCAGGUCGAGCUGCUGGCAAUGGUGGAUCUCCAGGACACGGUGAAUGUCAGUGUUGACAAUGUGACAUUUGAGCAGUGCUACCUUGACGUGGUGUCACCCACGGCUGCGGAGCUGUCCUGCAACUUUGAGAGGGACUUGUGUGGCUGGUACCAGGAUCUGUCCAGUGACUUCAAAUGGGUCCGCAGCAUGGGGCAGGGGCAUGGCUCUGACCACACCACUGGCUCAGGCUACUUCUUGUCUGUGGACCCCUCUGUGCCAUGGAGCCACGGGCAGAGGGCCCAGCUCCUCACCUCCCGCCAGGAGCCAGCCACUGCCCCACGCUGUCUCUCCUUCUGGUACCGCCUGGCCGGCCCACAGAUUGGCACCCUGAACCUCAAGCUGCGGCCGGAGGGAGGGGAGGACGUGGUGCUGUGGACCCGCCAAGGGACCCAGGGCAGCAUCUGGCACCGGGCAUGGGCGACACUGCCCGCCACGGGCCAGCAGCGGUACCAGGUGGCUUUCGAGGUGCUGCACGAUGGGUUCCUGGGGGACGUGGGGCUGGACGACCUGGCACAGACAGCAGGCCCCUGUGGGGCCGAGCUCUCCUGCUCCUUCGAGGCGGGGGGCUGUGCGCUGGCAGCCAGCGGAAAGGGCACCUGGCAGCGACAGAGCAACGGCACCGGCACCACCGCUGGCCCUGCGACCGACCACACCACCGGCACCGCCGCAGGCCACUACAUGGUGGUGAACACGGGCAGGGUUUCCCUGCCUGCAGGGCACACGGCUGCCCUCACCUCCCAGCCCUACCAGCCCUCUGUGCCUGCCCAGUGCCUGGCCUUCUGGUACCAGCUGAGCACUGGGACCCCAGGCUCCCUCCAGGUGUUCGUGGAGCAGAGCAGGGUGAGGACGAAGGUUCUGAGUGUGAGCACCAUGGAGGGGAGCAGCUGGCACCGCAGCCACGUCACCGUCCAGCCCGAUGGCGACUGGCAGGUGGUGUUUGAGGCAGUGGGAGCUGGGGGUGAUCACGGGUACAUCGCGCUGGACGACCUGCAUGUGUCGGAUGGAGCCUGCCCCGAGCCAGCAUCCUGUCACUUCGAGCAGGACACUUGUGGCUGGAGCAGCCCCUCGGACCCCCGCUUGCACAGCUUGGCCUGGGGCUGGAAGAGCGGGGUCGCCCUGGCCAAGUACCCCAGCCCCGAGCAGGAUCACACCCUGGGCACAAGGAAUGGUCACUACGUGCACUUUGACACCAGCGUGCUGGGUGCCAGGGGCACCAGUGCCCUGCUGGAGAGCCCACCCCUGCCCGCGGCCACCGACUCCUGCCUGCGCUUCUGGUACCACAUGGACAUCGCGGAGCACCUCUCCAGCGGGGAGCUGCGGGUGACGCUGCACGGCGCGGCGGGGCAGCGCACCGUGUGGAGCGUGGCGGGGCACCGCAGCCGGGGCUGGCAGGGCGCCGUGGUGCCGGUGCAGAGCCCCGGUGAGUUCCAGAUCAGCUUUGAGAUCACCACACGGAGGUGGCCAGUGGAGGGGACAGUGGCACUGGAUGACAUCGUGUACAGCGCCAGGGGGGGCUGCCAUUCCAGCCCGGAGAGUCCAGUGGAAGAGAAACCCUCUGGCAGCUUCGUGGCAGAGGUGGUGCUCAGCCUGCUCCUGGCCCUCAUCAUCGUGGCGCUGGUGGCUGCUAGGGGCUGGUACUGGCUGAAGCCACGAGGGCUGGCGAGCAGGACACCGGCAGAGAGUAACAGUCCCCAGGGCUUUGACAACAUCACCUUCCGAGAUGACAAGGUCAUUAUAUCUCCAAGGGAGGAGGAUGAGGCUUGAAAUCAGCAGCCAGCAGCAGGAAUUGCCCGCUCCCCCAGGCAGACCAUCCCUCGACAGGAACCCACACUCCAGCAGUUGCCCGCUCUUUGCCCCCAGCACGGGGAGCUGGCGACCCCGGGAGCUGGCCCCGCAGAGGGACACAGCGCUGUCAUCACUACCUCCAAGUGCUCGGGAAAAGCAUUUUUGUUGUUUGUAACAUGAACUUUCUGCUCCUAAGA